UUCCCUGGCCGGCUCUCAGGCCCCUCUGUCCGCAGCCCGGCCCCCGGCGGAGCGCGAGCAGCGGGAGCCCCAUGUACGGCGUGGAGGACCUUCUCGUCUCGCACGGCUACAAGCUGGCCCGCGACAGGAGCGCCCCCAACCUCAGCGGCGGCCAGGGCCGGCCCCGGGUGCGAGGCGCGACGAUGGGCCCAGGCCUGCAGAACGGUGUGGAGCACGGCACCGCGACCCCGGGGAGGAGGCACGGGAGCACCUGUGAGAGCAGCCCCAGCCUUCGAGGGGAGCAUCGCGGAGCAAGGAAGGCCGGGCCCCGGGAGGGGUCUCACAGGCAGCCGGUGCUGGUGUGGGCCUGGGAACCCCAGCCCGGCCUGGACCAGCCCUACUGGAGACGGCAGGCCCCGGGCCUAGGGACGCAGCAGGACGUGCAGUCCUGGAGCAUGGCAGAAGCCCACGGCCUGCCCGCGGCCACUCCUGGUCACCCCUGGCCUGCUGGGAGGAGGAGUGAGGACACACUGUGGACAGAGGGGGCCCUGCCCACUGCCCCAACCAACUGCCCCUGGCCCUCCGGAAGGAGUGAGGAGGCACCGAGGACUCUGUGGACCGAGGGGGCCCUGGAGGGCUGGGACCGGCGUCUGGCCCGGCAGGUGUCUCCCAGCGACGGGGAGAGCUGGCCACACGCUCUGGCCGCCCACAGCAGAGGCAAGUCACGCUCACUGCCCCGGGUGCUGGCCCCCGAGAGCCCCGGCACCGUGGACACCCCCCCGUCCCUCCCGGGGCACAGCGUCCCAGCCCCCCGGCCCAGGUUCGGCAAGCCCCUGCAGCCUGGCGGCUCCCCCAGGCCCCCCAGCGACACCCUGGCUGGCCCUCAGCCGGACCCCGGACCGGAGCCCCCGUUGUACGUGCCCCCACCCUCCUACCACCACUCCCAGCCCAUCCGGAACCCCUACCUGGAGGAGCCAGCGCCCCCCAGCCCCAGGCAGGAGCGGGGAGCCAGCCCACACCCCCCUCUGAGGGUGCCCCGGCCCCCCACGGCCUCGGCCGUGCUUUACAUCCCCUUCGACGACCCCCGAGUCCGCCAUUUCCCGCCGGCCCGGGCCCCGGCCGCCUACCUGGAGCCCGAGCCGGACGCCCCGUGCCGGCCCCCACCUGGGCCGCCCCCCCGUGGUAGGCAGGGACACAGGGGCCCCCGGGAGCAGCAGCCCCAGCUCAGGGCCUUCGAAUCCGGGGGCCGGGCCAGAAGAAGUGCCCGGAGGAAGGGGGAGACCAUCUUCUGCCUGGUGUCUGUGCCCACAAGGCCGGAGCCCCAGCCGGCCUGCACAGAUGGAGACAAGCACCUACGGCUGGGCUGCGGUGGCCAGGAGGGGCCGGCUCCCCAGGACCCUGUGCCGCAGACCCUAGUGGCCGGCCUGGCGGGGAGGCCUGAGUCCCCCGGACAGCGGCAGGGCCGGCCCCAGCUUGUGGUCCCUGUGGCACUCAGGGCCUGCCCUGGGCAGCCCCGCGGAGACCAACAGACACAGACCAGCCUGGGUGAGCGGCCACCCCUCUGCUCAGAGCUGACCGCCCAGCUCCCGGCCGGCCCUGAGCCCUGGGCACACACAGCCCUGGCGGCAGGCGGCCAGAGGCCCAGGCCGGGCACCCACAACCUCCGGGGCCAGAUGUCCCUCAGCCUGUCUGGCGGCAGUGCCUUCUCCAGGAUGUCCUCAGCCCCAGGGCCCCCUGCACGGCCUCCAGGGGCCCCCAGCCCCCCACCCCAAGCCGAGGUGGUGAAGGGCCAGCCCACCGGCCCCUGCAAUAGCCAGAAGCUGUUUGGCCAGUUCCUGCUAAAGCCGGUGAGUCGCAGACCCUGGGACCUCAUCAGCCAGCUGGAGAGCUUCAACAAGGAGCUGCAGGGCUCGGGGGGCAGUGGCCGGAGCAGCCCAGCGGACAGCCAGGCCAAGGGCUCGGGGGGCAGCGGCCGGAGCAGCCCAGCGGACAGCCAGGCCAAGGGCUUGGGGAGCUCUGGGGGCAGCAGCUGGGCACAGGCAGCUGAACUGGCCAUGGGCAGGGUGGUACCCACAGACCCUGAGAGCUACCUGGACAGAGUGGACACGGAGUCUGCCAGCCGAUGUGGGGAGCCGAGGCAGGGUGGCCCCCCUGCCCUGCUGGUGUCCCCAGGCUCCCGGCAGGGCAAUGAGUGUGGGGAGCUGCCUUCCUCUGCAGGGAGCCUGCGUCCAGGCAAGGCUGGGCCGGCCAGAGACUGGGCCGGCCCACCAGCGGUCAGCCCGAGGCCUGAGAAGAGGACCUCAGCCUCCAUCCUGAGUGCCACCCCCCUGGGGUGCCCGCCCAGCCCCCCUACACAGGGGGAGCCCUGGGUGAGAGAGAACCCCCCCGCCGCCGACCCUGCCCAGGCUGAGCUGGGCCCGCCGGGCACGCUCUCUCUGGCCAGUAGGGCGCGGGGGCUGUCGGCCCCUGACCUGAGGUCCAUGAGCCUGGCCGCAGGCUCGGAGCAGGGAGCGGGAGCAUCCAGCGGGCCUGGGGGCACAGCAGCCUCCCUGGGCGUCACCCCUUCCGAGAGCCUGCAGGCCAGGGCUGCCAGGAUCCUGGGCAUCGAGGUGGCCGUGGAGACCCUUCUGCCUGGCGGCCCAAGGGGGCCAAGCCCACCACCCGAGGAGGCCCGGGAGCCCGCCCACAGGCCGGCACCCAGCCCUGCACAGCCACAAGCCGCCCCGGACCCCUCCUACGGCCGUAGGAGGUGUGGCUGGACCGAGAGCCCUCUGUUUGUGGGGGACAGGGUCAGUGUCCGGCGGGGCACCCCGCUGCCCGAGUCCCAAGGAGUGAACAUGGCCGCCCCCGGCCCUGAGCCCUGGCCCUGCGGCCCCCGGGAGCCCAAGGCCUCCAGUCAGCAGGUGAACGCCACACCGGCCUGCAGGUCUACCUUAUUCCAUGUGCUGACCAGGCCCCCAGGGGACAGGUGGUCACGGGAUGCGUCCAGGGCCAUCGACAGCCUGCAGGAGCGGCCGGCCUGCCCGCCCCCCCGCCCAGCGCCCGGCCACUUGCUCAGGAUGCGUGAGGUCAGCGCCUUGUCACACUGCAGGCAGCUCGGCCCCCACAGCUCCGACUCCGAGGACGAGGAGGACCCCGGGGACCCGGCCCGCACCUCAGGGUGCUUCUCUGAUGUGUCCAGGGCUGCCCCUCUGCCGGCAGAAAACGGGCAUCCAGCAGCUCCGAGGGGCAGGGAUGUGACCCACUGCUGGUACCCAGAGUCCUAUGACCCCAGCAGAGUGGAGAAGGUGUGACGGCCGGGGACUCUGCAUCUGGAGCCGGGAAGCCCCUACUUGUGGACGCCAAGCCGCCGCCGGGCCCUCAGGGCCGUGCGGGUGUCCAGCUCGCAUGUGGUGUGGCCCAGCGGGCUGACCUCCCUGUGUGGACACCACACGCAGGACAGCUCAGCAGGGACCUGCAGGCCCUCCUCUGGGGGCUCGGCCGCCAAGGGCACCCGCCGGUCACCUGCCAGCAGAGGACGGACGGCCCUGUCCCUGUGUCCCUCAGGCCGCCCUGGCCAUGCACACGUGUCUGCCUUGCACUUGCUAGUAGCCAUUUUUAUACCCAAGACCUGGACCUUUGCUGAUCCUUUUAUGAAGGAAACAGUCGCUGGCUGAGAACAGACCAUUGUAGCAAAGUCUGUGUCUUUCUACAAACAAGGGAAAUCGCUAUUUUUCUGUGUUGUAAACAGUCGUCAGGUGGCAGGUUUUUAAGGAAGAGCGGUUUUCUUUAUAGAGUCUGCAGCUGCUGUGAGAGGAGCCCCGGGGUGGGCGCAGGUCUGCCAUGGGGGCCGUGGGCUGCGUGCAGGAGACCCCCUUCCCCAGAGCGUUUGCCCGGUGUGGCUGCAGGUUACAGUACCCCGCCCUCACCCACUGGGUCCUCUUUCUUUGUCCUUCUCCUCUACACAGAAGGGUCUUGGUGAAGAGCAGCCCUUCUCAGCCUCCGGAUGUGUCCUGGUCUUUGUCACUGUGUCACUCACAGUGCCCUGUGCCUGCUCUCGGAAUGGUGGCUGUCCCCACCUCCCCUCUCCCCUUCUCUCUCGCGCUGUCUCUCUCUCUGCAGUGCGGCCUGCUGCCCUCUGCUGCCCUCUGCACCCCAUGAACCCUCUUCAGGAGGACACCCUCACAGGGACGGGAGUCCCGCUGGGGUCUCCCCGCGGCCUGCCCAUGGGCCGGGGCCCCUCCAGUGGCUUGGCUCUCUCUGGCCGCCUGUCCCAGCUCCUGGCCUCUUCCUCGCAGCCCAGGGAGGUGGGCCAGGCCUCGGCGGGGACCCGGGGGCCGGGCCGGUGACUCCCAAGAGAGACAGACACACCUCCGCCCACUCGACAUGACACGCUGCUGAUCUUACGGCUUCAGCAUCUCCCUCCAGUGAGAGAGGAGGGUUCUGCCCCGUGUGCGCCACACACAAGCCACAAGGCG